AUAAAACGGUUAAAUUAAGAUAAUACAAAAAUUUAGGAACGGCAGCUGAGCUGGCCCCCGUGGGUCUAACAAGGUGACAGGUUGCUCUCUAUAUAUUCUCUUCUUCUGCUGCUGCUUUCUUCGUGAUUCUUCGACUCGUCUGCUUUAAUCGGUGAAAAUGGGAACCAGCUUCAAACCGGUGAUAUUGUCGCUGUUUAUUGCUUCCUUGCUGUUUACCUUCACCUACUCUGCAUCAAAUGAUGGGUUGGUUAGAAUUGGACUGAAAAAGAUGAAAUUGGAUCAGAACAGCCAAGUUGUUACCCGGCUUGAGUCGAAGAAUGUGGAAGCUUACAGAGCUUCUGUGAGGAAGUAUGGUCUCCGUGAUAAUCUGGCGGACUCGGGGGAUCCUGAUAUUGUAGCAUUGAAGAACUAUUUGGAUGCUCAGUAUUACGGUGAAAUUGACAUUGGGACUCCUCCUCAGAAAUUUACUGUAAUCUUUGACACUGGUAGCUCCAAUUUGUGGGUGCCAUCAUCCAAGUGCUUUCUCUCAGUUGCUUGUUACUUCCAUUCUAGGUACAAGUCAAGCAAAUCAAGUACCUACAGGAAGAAUGGAAAAUCUGCUGAGAUUCACUAUGGCACUGGAGCUGUUUCUGGUUUCUUUAGUUAUGAUAAUGUCAAUGUUGGUGACCUAGUUGUAAAAGAUCAGGAAUUUAUUGAGGCAACUUCGGAGCCUAGUGUCACAUUUAUGGUGGCCAAGUUUGAUGGCAUACUAGGACUUGGAUUUCAGGAGAUCUCAGUCGGAAAUGCUGUGCCUGUCUGGUACAACAUGGUUAAACAAGGCCUUGUCAAGGAACCAGUAUUUUCUUUUUGGCUUAACCGCAAUACAGAGGAAGACGAAGGAGGCGAAAUUGUAUUUGGUGGUGUUGAUCCAAAUCAUUACAAGGGCAAGCACACAUAUGUUCCUGUGACACAGAAAGGCUAUUGGCAGUUUGACAUGGGCGAUAUUCUUAUUGGUGAUAAACCAACUGGUUAUUGUACUGGCAGUUGCUCAGCGAUUGCAGACUCUGGAACUUCCUUGUUGGCAGGCCCAACGACUGUGGUUACCCUGAUAAAUGAAGCAAUCGGAGCCACUGGAGUAGUUAGUCAGGAAUGUAAGGCUGUUGUUGCUCAGUAUGGACAAACCAUAAUGGAUUUGCUUCUAGCUGAGGCUCAACCAAAGAAAAUCUGCUCACAAAUUGGAUUGUGCACAUUUGAUGGGACCCAUGGUGUUAGCAUGGGCAUUCAGAGUGUGGUGGAUGAGAGAAAUGAUGCUAUGUGCUCUGCCUGUGAGAUGACAGUUAUUUGGAUGCAGAACCAGCUGAGACAGAAUCACACACAAGAUCGUAUACUGAACUAUGUCAAUGAGCUCUGUGAUCGAAUUCCGAACCCAAUGGGGCAAUCAGCUGUUGACUGUGACAGUCUCUCUUCAAUGCCUACUGUUUCCUUCACUAUAGGAGGAAAAAUUUUUGAGCUUACCCCUCAGGAGUACGUCCUCAAGGUGGGGGAGGGUUCAGGGGCUCAGUGCAUCAGUGGCUUUACUGCUUUGGAUGUGCCGCCUCCUCGUGGACCUCUCUGGAUCUUGGGAGAUAUUUUCAUGGGUCGAUACCAUACUGUUUUCGACUAUGGCAAUAUGCGAGUUGGAUUUGCGGAUGCAGCAUAAAGAGAUGGAUCUACUUUAGAUGUUUUUUUUAAAUCAGAUGUUCCAUUUCUCUGUGCUAAUAUGUACCUUCAGAAAUGGAUUUGUUAAGCUUAAAACCAAUGGAUAAUAGUAGAGCUUGCUUGUAAAUAUUUGUGCGUUGGGUUGAGAAGUGGAUGUUACUCCGAGAAAUGAUGAGCUUCGAGCUUGUUUUCAA